UAACAAGAAAGUUUGUUAAUAUGUAACCAUAAUUUGUUAAUGAGUAACAAAUGAGUUGUUAGUGCUCAGCUCAGCCUAUAAGUAUGUUAUGACAACACUGAGUCAAUAAAGAAGGGUGUUGCUGGCGCUUUGAAGAAGGACAAAACGAGACAAGACAAGUGAAUCUAGAGGAUGGAGAAGUGUAAAACAGAUUGCAUUGAAAGACCUCUGUCUCUGGCCUUUGAAAAAUUCGGUUGUGCUGUUGGUAGACAUCCAUGUGUGUUUCUUUUAUUAGCUUUAUUUGUGGCUGCUGCUCUUGGAGCUGGUUUCAUCUUUCUUCAUGAGAGGGAGGCAAAUGAUAUUGAAGACCAGUUUACGCCCGUCAAUGGACCUGCCAAGUUGGAGAGGGAGAUUGUGGUGGAAAAUUUCCCACAAUCUGAAGAGUUUUCUGAGUUACGGCUUGCUUCUGAAGGCACUUAUGCCUCUUUGAUCAUCACAGGCUUGCAAGGAGAAAAUAUAUUAAAUGAAGCAGCUUUUAACGAUAUUAUAGAGCUAGACAGACAAGUGAAAAGUAUAUCAACAGGAAACACUUUUGAAAAACUCUGUGCCAAAUCAAAGGGAAACUGUAUGUCAAAUGCAAUUUUGGACAUUAUAAAUUACAGUGCUACUGAAAUUGUUUCUUCAAGCAUUAAAUAUCCGAUAAAUAAUUACACGUUUUUGGGAACAACCAUUGGCGGUGUAGAGCUAAAGCCAGAUAGUUCAGAGAUUAACAGUGCAAAAGCCAUCCGGCUUUUUUAUUUCCUAGAUGAGAAGAAGACAAUUGGAAGCUCUGACUGGCUUGACGGCUUUCUAAAACUCCUCUCAAACUAUACAGAACAAAAAACGGUCCAUGUGUCUUACUUUACAUCAAUAUCAAGACAGAAUGAGUUUGAAACCAAUUCAGACUCUGUGAUCCCCCUGUUCUCUGUUACGUAUUUCCUGGCCAUAACCAUUUCAAUUAUGUCUUGUUUAAGGUUGGACUGUGUCAGGACAAAGGUGUGGGUGGCUACAUUUGGCGUCGUCUCCGCUGGUAUGGCCGUGUUGGCCAGCUUUGGACUGCUGCUGUUCUGUGGGAUGCCAUUUGCCAUGACUGUAGCCACAGCCCCAUUUCUGAUCCUCGGUAUUGGUGUUGAUGACAUGUUCAUUAUGAUCUCCUGCUGGCAGAAGACUGAAGUUAAUAAAGCUGUUGAGAUUCGUUUAGCAGAAACAUAUAAAGAGGCCGGCGUGUCCAUCACUAUCACCACACUGACAGAUGUUCUGGCUUUCUACAUCGGUCUCAUGACUCCCUUCCGCUCAGUUCAGUCUUUCUGCGUGUACACCAGCACAGCUCUUCUGUUCUGCUACAUCUUCAACAUCACCUUCUUCGGCGCGUGUCUUGCACUAAACGGACGGAGAGAGAAAGGCCACAGACACUGGCUGACCUGCAUGAAAGUCCCAGAAGCCACUGGUGAUGAUGGAGGUUGUUGUGUUGGUGGGGCGUAUGAUAAAAACACACUGAAGGAAUUUGAAAUGCCAGUAGAUUUAUUCUUUAAAAACUAUUACGGCCCUUUUCUGACAAGAGUGUGGGUUAAGACACUUGUGUGUCUGAUCUAUGCUGGGUAUUUGGCAGUCAGUAUCUAUGGAUGCUUCCAAAUGCAGGAAGGUCUAGAUCUGAAACAUUUAGCAGCAGACGGGUCAUAUGUUGGUAGUUACUAUGACAAAGAAGAUGAAUUCUUCUCCGCCUUUGGUCCCAAUGUCAUGUUAGUUAUAAAGGAUGAAGACUUUCAGUACUGGAACCCAACUGCUCGCGACAGUCUUGACUUGUGUUUGGAAAGUUUUCAAAAUCUGCCAGUGGCAGAUUCAGGCAUUUCGCCUGUUUCUUGGCUGAGUGAAUACAUGCAGUAUGGAAAGAAUGCAAGUUUAAGUUUAAACAGUGAAACUCAAUUCAAAAGCCAUUUAACUGCAUUUCUUAAUCAGUCUGGUUUUAGUCAAGAUGUUAAUUUCACUAACAAUCAAAUUCAUGCAUCACGCAUGUUCAUUCAGACUGUGGACAUCCGCACAGCAAUCGAUGAGAAGAAUAUGCUGGCUGUGUUUAGAGAAACUGCAGAAAAUUGUGGGAAGUUGCAGACACCCGUUGAUCUGAUAGUGUACCACCCUGCAUUCAUCUAUUUCGACCAAUAUGCCGUCAUCAUCAGUAAUACAAUCCAAAACUUAGUGGUUGCUACAUGUGCAAUGUUAGUCAUUUCACUCCUGUUGAUCCCAAACCCUCUCUGUUCUCUCUGGGUAACAUUUGCCAUCGCAUCUGUCAUUGUGGGAGUGGCCGGAUUCAUGGCAUUAUGGGAUGUUAGUUUAGACUCUGUGUCUAUGAUUAAUCUUGUUAUCUGUAUCGGGUUUUCUGUCGACUUCUCUGCUCACAUAUCCUAUGCUUUUGUGUCAAGUGAAAAAUCCUCAGCGAAUGAGAAAGCCACGGAUGCCAUCAAUAAACUGGGCUAUCCCAUCAUUCAGGGUGCCGUGUCCACUAUCGCAGGUGUGGUGGUGCUCGCGGCUGCUAAAAGCUACAUCUUCAGGACCUUCUUCAAAAUCAUGUUCUUAGUCAUUCUUUUUGGGGCCAUCCAUGGCAUCGUAUUCAUACCGGUGUUCCUGACCUUCCUCAGCACUUGUAGUAGCAGUCGUGAAAAAAACAAACCAAAUCAUUCAGAGCCCAGUGACAAAAGCGAACAGCGAGUAAAAGCAGUCGUGAUUCAGAAUGUGUGGUGUUCUGAUCCUGACUGUCCUUAGGCUCCGUGAUCUUCCUUUUUUAUGAGCUUAACUCUAUAUGACACUUUGAUUUGACCAUGCAGGAUUAUCCUGAAAUAUCAAUCAUUCUGUUACGUUCUCAUAUACACACUGUAUCUUAUAUGUUUUUGUUUUUAUAUUUUUAUCAAGUUUAGCUUUUUAUUUUUAUCAUUGUAAUCAAUAUUAUUUUCAAUGCAGUUCUAUUUAAUAUGCACAUCACAUUCAUUUUAACACAUCAAUGCAAACACAAUUUAGCAUUUGUAAUCCAGUUACUAUCAAGUUAAUUGAUUAAACCACAUUACUGGACAAUGGGAAUUUUGUGUUUGGCAUUAAAAGAACUUGAUCUCACCAUAAUUGUCAUUGAAGUGAAUGAGUGAGCAAUUUAUGAUACAGUAUAUGCAUGAAUGCAUAAACACCUGCCGCUUAUGUUCUCUCCUGCGUCUUGUAAGCUGGACGCCAUGAUAGACAUGAGCAAAGGCCAUGUUUCCUGGUUCAUGAUUUCUUUAUCCUGGUGGAAUGUAAAUCAGCUCUGUUCUGUGUGAAGAACCUGGAGGUGCCAUCACAAAGCAUUAGUUUGUAAACAGCAAGUUAAAGAGUAACCCAUCUAUUCUGUGUCUUCAGUUAAAUUUCAUUUAAAAAUUAGCAAACAGAUCCUAAAUGUAACACUAAACAUAAUAAGGACAUAAUAAGGACAUAAUGCACUUAAUUUGAGACAAUAGCCUAACCCAGGGGUCGGCAACCCAAAAUGUUUAAAGAGCCAUAUUGGACCAAAAAAAACAAAAAACAAAUCUGUCUGGAGCCGCAAAAAAUUGAAAGCCUUAUAUAAGCCUUAUAUGAAGGCAACACAGGCUGUAAGUGUAUAUUAGCUAUAUUAGCCUACUGUCAAAAUGACUAAGUAGGCUACAAAUACAUAAUGAGGUAUUCCCGAGGUAUAUAUUUAAAAACUGCUGAAAGCUACAGAAAAAAGAAGCAAA